UUUCCAUGUUAUUUGAAUAGCUGAAGCAGACACGUUUGUCAGUGUUAUCAGCAAAUUACACAAUGAAAACAUGGAGUAAACAAACCUGAAUAUUGGUGCAUCUUCACCGAUAUAAUCUGCAUGGAAAUGUGUGAACAAGUGACAGCUGUGCCUUGUGGCAGGAGUUUAAUUUUCUUCACAAACACAAGAGGGCAGCAGAGGAACGUGAUAAAAGUCCAAUACUGGACAGAUUUGAGCAGUCGCCUAAUACUUUCAGUGGCUUUGCUCUGGUUCUGUAUAUUAGUUUCUAGCUUCAUUUCAGUUCUGUUAUGGUUCUUUAUUAGUUACACUUAAAGCUGCUCUUGAAAAGAUAAAACCAACCUACUUCCUGUUUUCCCAAUGGAAAUGAUAAUUUUAUGCUUGCCUCUGUUUACAUUCUGUGCUGAGUUGUCAGACUGUGACCUUUAUCAAAACCAGUAAGGAUAGUUUGAGGUUUGUGAUGUCUUGAGAAAGGUCACGGCAGGGUGGGUGGGGUAUUAAAAGAAACACAAAGAGCAUUUUUCUCCAGUUUCCAUGUGACUCAAAUGGUAAAAAUCUACUUAAAACUUUGUGACUAAAAACUGUGGUAAAAGUGAUCAAAGACGUGUUUAAGAAUGACUAAAAAUGAGAGAAUUAGCCGAAUUUAAGCGACCUUUCUAUGUGCUGAUAUGCUCGGACUUUUACCCCUGAUAUGACAGAGUGCCUUGCUGUCGACAAGAACCUAAUCAAAGGUCAAAGUCUGCACUCAGGCUAACAGAGUCAGUGAGAACUAAGCUUUGGGAUGUCCCUCACCGUCUGAGCUCUUCCUUCGUUUGAAACCUGACUGAAGACUACAGCCAGCUGAUGAACAUGUUGCUCGGGACUGCGGCCCUGUUCCUCCUCUGUGCGUCUACAGGAAUGUGUGCCACAUUGGGGUACUUCCAGACUGAAGCCUCAGAGGACGGGGAAGUUGCUACUGUUGUCGCUCAAGCUGCCCCUCUAGAUUCUGCUUUUGAUGACAAAAUAUUUGGAGCAGAUAACUCAGGAGUAGACCUACCUCAAGUCCAAGUCCAAGAGCCAGAAACAGACAAGGAUAAGCCCGAUGGAGCCUCUGCUGCUAUGGAAGGGUUUGCAAAGAAAGCCGUUACUCAGGACCAACCUCCACCUGAAGAGGAGGCCAAUGAGAUCAGGCCAGUCCAGACAAACAGGGCCUCCAAUAAACCCCUGGCACAAGAAGAAGCAAGCAGCUGGAGCCUCAACUCCAUCAGGGACAGUUUCCAGACAGUGCACGGAUACUUCGACUCCCUGGUGGAGCUGGUCGGGGGACACAACGGUGUCUGUCAGUAUCGCUGCCGAUAUGGAGCACUCCCACUUCCUCGGCCCGGCUACAAGCAUCAAGAACCCAACGGCUGCAGCUCGUCUCUGGUGGGCUUCCAGGUGAAUGCUGCUCUUGAUGUGGGAAUCCCUGCUAUGACAAGGUGCUGCAACCAGCUGGAUGUGUGCUACGACACUUGCGGUGUGAACAAGUACGACUGCGAUGCCAAGUUUCGCUCGUGCCUCCAUGACAUCUGCUCUGACCUGAAGAAGAGUCUGGGGUUUGUGUCCAAAGUGCAAGCUUGUGAAUCAAUGGCAGACGCCUUCUACAACACAGUGUGGACUCUGGGCUGCAGGCCUUACAUGAACAGCCAGAGGGCAUCGUGCAUCUGCGAGGGAGAGGAGAAAGAUGAACUGUAACGCAGAACACUGUGGUCCCCUCCUCUGUAUAUUUAAAAGAUAACAGAGUCAUGGACAUUUCCACAUAUUACAACAAGAGAAGACACUUCUCAAGAGAGCCCUCUUAAAGGAGUAGUUCAGAAUAUAUGAAGUGGAGUUUAACUGAGAGGCUAUGAGCAGUUAAUAGCUUUAGGCGUCUUUAUUUGCAUGAAUUCAGAUUAGAUGAAGCUAACAGCUAGCCUGAAAACGGCCGUGAGCAAAACAGAAGAAUUAAUCUCAUAAAACAAUUUCAGUCUCCAAAGCUAUUGCUAUUUGAUGAAACUCUUAAUAGUUCCCUGUUUUUGAAAGGUGACAUUAAUCCUCAGAGCUAUGGAAUGCUAACGGCUAGCAAGCUAGGGUGCUAUUAUCUUAGCUGAACAAUUUAAACUAAUAAUGCUUCCAUCAGUAUAAUGCUGUCCAGACUUUCACAGGCACAGCAAGGAGAGUUAAACAGGCAUGAUAUUAACUGCUUAUAACAGAAUCAUGGAAAAAUCUGAACUAUCCCUUUAAGAUUCAGAGAUGAGGAAAUUAAAAAGAUGUAAAUGGGGAAUUCAGUGAUUCAGAAGAUUUAUUAAUACAGGGUCCAAACAGAUAUUGUGAGUCUGAAGACGGCCUUUAGCGUCUGAAUUAAUUGCUUAUGCAUAUUUACCUCCUCAUUGUAGGUCAAAUUUGGGUUUUUAUGACUCCAUUACCAUAAAUUACUUGAUGACUCCAAACAAAACACCUGAUAUGAAGAUGAGAAGAAUAUGUUGGUCGGAUUAAUUUCCUCCUGAUUGAAAUUUCAAGAUAACUGGAGUGCAAGCAGCACAGUGUGUGCGCUGCCGUCUGAAAUUUCUCAUAGAGCUUCAAGACCAAGUCAAAUGCCUACUACAGCACAUAGUUUAUGUAAGUUAUUUUAUUACUUUCCAUCUAAUUUGAACUUAAAUGUCAACAUUACCUAUAGAUUAGCUUCCAGAGUGAUGAGCCAUGUGCAUUAUUACCGAUGCGCAUCUCUGCUGGCCCGCAGUAAUGUCUGACAUGCUCCCAGUGCUUUGAUUAAGCUCAGCAAAUGAGUCAAAAUGCAUCAGCGGAAGGGCCGUGUGUUGUUUUCCAAGUUAAUGAUGGUAUGAAAUUUAAACUAGUCCGAGUCUCGAAGUUGCAAUCAAUCCAGAGAAAAUGUCCUAACGGUGACAUCCUGAUAAACAUCUGCUGUGCUGUGGGCCCAGCCAUCAGGUUUGUAAUGGGACUGUCAAUCAUUAUAAUGUCAGUAAUACAGCUGUGAGACACUGAAGCUUGGAAGAAUAUGUGUAUUCUGUGUGUAUGUGUAUUUAUGUGUGUAGGACUUUAAAGGGACAGUGCAAUGGACUGUAUGUCUGCAUCUAUUUGGUGCUUUAACUACCAAAUAAACUGAAAUGGUCACCUCA